AUGGGCAGUGCGUCCUCAAUGUUGACUCAGUAUGAUAUCGAAGAAGUUCAACAACAUUCUGAUCAUCUAUUUACUCAGCAAGAAAUACUGUCCCUGUACAAGAGAUUUUGCCAACUAGAUAGAAAUGCAAAGGGAUUCAUAUCGGCCGACGAGUUCUUGUCUGUACCUGAGUUUGCAAUGAACCCACUUUCGCAGAGGUUGCUUAAGAUGGUGGAUGGAUUGAAUUUCAAAGAUUUUGUUGCGUUUUUGUCUGCUUUCAGCUCGAAAGCAACCGUACCCAACAAAAUCGAGAUUAUAUUCAGAGUAUACGACUCAGAUUGUGAUGGGAAGGUGAAAUUCAGUGACCUCAUAGAAGUGCUUCAUGAUUUAACUGGCUCAUUUAUGUCCGAAAAGCAACGAGAGGAAGUUUUAACCCAGCUGCUGCAUGAAGCUGGUUACAGGAAAGAAUCUUCUCUUAUGUUGGACGACUUCAUUAAGAUAUUGGAACAACCAGGUCUGAAAAUGGAUGUGGAAAUCCCAGAUGAUUAA